AGAAUUAGAUAUUGAAUGUCAUAAAGUUAAGUAUCGCGACCAUGAAAAAAAGCGGCGUAGAAUCUGAAAAUAAAUUUCAAAAGAACCCUCUGGAGAAGUUUAUACUGCAAAACCAUUGAACUAUUCAAUUAGUAUCAAGAAGACAUUACUACAUCCAUAUAAACCAUGCUAUCUAUCAUACUACGAUCGAGAUCAUUACAUCAUAUCCAUCGUUUCAAUGUCAAAGUGAUACCGAUUCGACAGACUCGGUUCUUACAAAGUUCAAGACGAUCUUUCGUUAAUCCUAUAUUUGAUAACUUUAUUGAAGACUUGAAAACUGAAGAGAAUGACGACAACAAGAAGAAGAAUCAAGGAAAGAAAGAGCACCAAGAUCAAGGUCAGAGGGAACCAUUUAAGAAAUUGAAAUCAUUCUUAAUCAAAUGUCUAGAAACAAUCGGUAUAACAUUCAGUUCCAUAUCUAUCUUAGGUGUAGCUGGUUUCCUAUACCAUAAAUUCUACAACAUUCAUGUCCUCGAUAAAAUGAACGAUGCUUUUGAAAUGGGAGAUCCUGCCGCACAAUUGGCGAUUCAUAAACGUACUCAUGAAGAUAAUGCUGAAUUAAAUCAAUAUUGGGUUGAAAGACAUCAACAGAGAUUAUUGGAUGAUAUUAUUAAUGGGUCUAUUAUUGGCCGAUAUUUCUUAAUGGUGGGUGAAAAGGGAACAGGUAAGACUUCUUUAAUCUUAGAGUCUAUGAAAAAAGUAGGAGGAUAUAAUGUAACUAUAUUUGAUGCUCAUGCUGAUCCUGAAAUCUUUAGAAUUCGAUUAGGUAAAGCUCUUAAUUUCACUUAUAAUGAAGAUUAUAUCGGAUCCUUGUUUUCCAUCAGAGGUCCAAGAGAUACCACUGCCUUAUUAGAUAUCGAAAGAGCUUUUAGUAAGUUAGAAGAAUUAGCUAUUAAAAGAGUUCAAAAAAUUACCAAGCCAUUGAUAGUGAUUAUUAACAAUGCUCAUUUAAUCAAAGAAAAUGAAGAAGGGAUAAAAUUAUUAGAAUUAUUACAACAAAAAGCAGAAAGUUUAAGUGGAUCAGGAUUAGUCACUAUUAUUUUCAAUAGUGAUGAUUAUUGGGUUUAUGAAAAAUUAAAGAAAUUAGGAACAAGAUUAGAAUUAAUUAAUGUGCGAGAUUUCAAACGUCAUGAAACUGUUAAUGCAUUGAAAUAUAUCAGAAAUAAAUAUUUCCGAAAUGAUACUAAAUAUCAAGUCACAGAUGAACAUUGUCAUCAAAUUUAUGAUUUAAUAGGGGGAAGACCUCAACAUAUAACUCAAGUGGCUCGUCAUAAAGAUAUAAUCCGAGCUUGUCAUGAAAUCAUUGAUCGAGAGAAGACCUGGUUUCUUAAUCAAUGUGGAUUAUUGGGUGAAGCAAUGGAUGAUGAUGUGAUGGAAUCAGGAAAAUUUUCAACAAGUGCUAUGUUAUUAAUGCAAGAAUUUGUUAAAAUGGAUCGAGAAAGAAUGAAUACUUUAAUCACAGGUGAAAAAGAUAAACCAACCAAUCAUGCUAAAUAUCGUGAUCAUCAAUUACCGGAAUUGCCAUUAUGGAGAAGUAGACAAAUCAUGACAAGAGCAGAUUACAUUCAAAUUUAUGAUAAUUUAAAUAUCUUUACAAUUGAUUCUGAAUCAAGGGUUAGAGCAGAUUCUGUUCCUAUGAUGAGAGCAUUUCAUGAAAUAGCAUCCCAACCACAUUUUGAUGAAUUAUUACAAGAUACUAUACAAAGAGUGGCAGAUAUUGAAUCAUUAGGUAGAACCAGAGAAAUCGUAGCCAAAGAUUUAAAUUUAGGUAGCUAUUAUCAAAUUUUCAAGAAAGGAGCUGAUCAAAUUGAAGUCAAGUUAAGUCCAAGUAAUAAAGAGAAGAGUGUUCAUGGAGAUUUUAUAGAUCAAACCGAUAUUGAAUCCCAUGAAUUCGAACAUGAUGAUCAUGAGGAAGAAGAUGAUUUAUAUAUGGAAGAUAUCAAUAGAAGAGAUACGAGGAAAUGGUGGGAGAAAAGAAUGAAGGGAUUUGAUCAAACUUAUCUGCUUGAUUACAAUACCUCCUCUGAGAUAGAUGAAGAUGAUAUAGAUAGAUGAACUGUAUAAUUAUGUAUUGAAUAAAAUGUAUAUUUAUUUUGCAACCGU